AUGGCGACUCCACGAACCCUCCUCCGACCUUUCCGCAACCUGCUCUCUCAGCGAAGCUUCUAUCAUUCCACAUCGAGGAGACCAAUCGCUCUACACACAUGCUACCGACAUUACGCUACAAAACCCGAAACACAUGAGUCGGCAGACUCCUCCGCGCCCACCAGCGAUGGCGAAGCCCCCACUCAUCUCAACCCUCCCCCCGAAGACUACUCCCGCUUCAUCUUCCAAGACAGAUGCCGUUCAACGAUUUACGCCGGUGCCGGCGGUAACGGAUGCGUCUCCUUCCUUCGCGAAAAGUACGUUGAAGAAGGCCCCCCGAAUGGCGGUGACGGCGGCAGCGGCGGAAGCGUUUACAUCCAGGCUGUGGACGGCAUGACCAGCCUGCAUAAGCUGGACCGGAGAGGGGUAAUCAAGGCACAGCGAGGCAAGAACGGACAGGGGAAGAGCAAGGGCGGCAAGCGCGGCGAGGAUGUUCUUAUCCAGGUGCCUGUUGGCACGGUCGUGCGUGAGGUGGACCGGUUCGACCCCGUUACUGAAGAGAAGGCGCGGCGGAGAAGGGAAUGGCUGGCUCGCGAGCGCGAUGAGCUUGACGAGAUGGGCGUUACAUCGAUACGGCAUGAUAGAUGGGUUCUGUAUCCAGGUGCGAACCCGUCGGAUUUCCUCACGACGGUUUUCCCCAAGAACCCUCCGCGCAGGCAGGCUAUUGCCUCGCUGGAGCCCCAGGCGCCGAUAUUCCUUGAUCUCUCAAAGCAUAUGGAUAAGCCGAUCUUGUUGGCUGCUGGAGGAGUUGGUGGGUUGGGGAACCCUCAUUGGGUGUCGCGGGAACAUCCAAGACCUCGGUUUGCCUCGAAGGGAGAGGGCGGGAAGCGGUUGGAGCUCGAGUUUGAGCUAAAGCUGCUUGCAGAUGUUGGGCUUGUUGGCAAGCCGAAUGCUGGGAAAAGUACAUUGCUGCGCUCGUUGACGAAUAGCCGCACGCGUAUCGGAAAUUGGGCGUUCACGACGCUUUCGCCCAACAUCGGUACGGUGAUUAUCGACAACGACAAGGGACGGCCGUUGGUUGAGAUUGAAGGCAAGGCUCCCCGCAAGCGAUUCACGAUAGCUGAUAUCCCCGGUCUGAUCAAGGGUGCUCAUCUCGAUCGGGGGUUGGGCCUGGGGUUCCUGCGACAUAUCGAGCGAGCGGGGAUCUUGGCCUUUGUGGUCGAUCUGAAUGCGGGAGACCCCAUUGACGAGCUCAGAGAACUGUGGCACGAGCUUGGGAAGUACGAAGAGCUACGCGAGACUACUGUGGCCUCGAACGAGGAGAGCGACGACCUAGAAUGGAGUCCCCCGACUCACGGCCUACCAGAGCUCCAGCUCGAAGUGGACACUGAUAUGCCGCAGUCCGAAAUUAGACUUCCUGAACUUUCUCUUCCGCCUAUCCACACCAAGCCGUGGUUCGUUGUGGCCACGAAAUGCGAUCUUCCUGAGACCCGCGAGCGAUUCAAGACGCUCCAACACUACCUCCACGGGGUCGAAAAGGGCGAGAACGAGCACCCUGGGGGCUACGCCGAUGGAUGGAGGGAGAAGAUUGCUGCGAUCCCAGUGAGCGCUAUGAGAGGAGAGAAUGUCCAGCAGAUCCCAAGAGUUGUGAUUAACCUUUUGGAUUAG